AUAACAUUUUCGGAGUUGUCAAAACUUAGCUAAUUUCACUGCAAAACUUUAAAGCUAAUAAAAUACUCAGCAAAAUCAGUUCUAUUCUAAGACAUAAGACAUAAGCUUUUACAAAGUCGGAAAAAUGGAUAUCCAAUAUACGGAUGCCGACUUGAGUAAAAUAGAAUCAGAUGUGCAGCUGGUCGAGUGUCUUACGUCUAAAUUCAAAUUGGUCAAAUUUCGUCCCAUGCAAAAAGAUAUUAUCGAAGCGGUUUUGGAAAAAAGGGAUGUGUUGGCAGUGAUGGCCACUGGGCACGGCAAAUCUCUGUGCUUUCAGUUGCCAGCUCUUCUGAAAAACGGAAUCACUCUUGUGAUAUCACCAUUGAUUUCUUUAAUGCAGUCCCAAGUGCACAGUAUGGUCAAAAUUGGCGUUUCAGCUUGUCUUUUGGGAUCAGCCCAAAACGAUACUACCAUUCUACAACGCGUUUUUGGAUAUGAAUUUAGUAUUGUCUAUUGCUGUCCUGAAUAUCUGCAGGGCCUUAACGGCAAGAAAUUAAUGACGACAUUGAAAGACCGUUUAACAUUGGUUGCCAUUGAUGAAGCACAUUCGAUAAGUCAAUGGGGCCACGAAUUCAGACAGGACUAUCUUAAACUUAAUAUCAUCAGAGAUAUCAUCCCGAAUGUUCCAAUUUUGGCUGUCACAGCUACAGCCACCAAAGACGUACGUAAUGAAAUAAUAAGAAUGGCUCGACUGAAUGCUCCACUUGUGAUCGUCACCGAACUCGAUCGACCGAAUCUUGAAUUUUUGAUUAAACGAAAAAGUGUCGGUAACCCUUGGCGUGAUUUGAAACCAUUGAUGGAAAAUGUGACCGGUAGCGUCAUCAUUUAUGUAUUGAGAAUUGUUGAGACAGACGAGGUUCAAGAGGCACUUGCUGAACAUGGAAUCGAAUCAUCAACGUAUCAUGCCGAUCUACCGAUGACGACCCGAUCAGACAUUGUAACAAAAUUCGUAGAGAAUGAGAUCAAAGUAGUUGUAGCGACGAUUUCCUUUGGCAUGGGUAUCGACAAGCCUGACGUCAGACUUGUGAUACACUAUGGCGCAUCAAAAAGCAUCGAGAGCUAUUAUCAAGAGGUUGGGCGCGCCGGCCGCGACGGAUUACAUGCGAAAGUUGUUACUUUUUUCGAUGAAAACGACUUCCAAUUGCAAGAAUUCUUCCUGACUCACAGAAAGGACCCCUUGCCAACUUUGACUUUGACUAAUCUGCGUAGACUUCGUGCCGAAUUUCGACAGUAUCUUUUUUCAACGACAUGCCGACGGAAGACAAUUUUGGAUUAUUUCGGAGAAGAUACCACUUCCAUUGCAUCCCGUGAAAAUUGUUGCGAUAAUUGCAGCCGUGCUAUUAAUCCUUCGAAUUCUUCAUCACCGCCAACACGUCUGCAGUCGUACAGAACUGGAUACACUUCAAGCAUAAUUGAUCUGUUUUUUCCAGAUUUUGAUUUUAACGACGACUACGACAGUGAAGACGUAUCCAAUUACGAUGAAUACUGUUAUUAUAAUGGAUCAGAAGAUUUGAAUGAACACGAAAGCGAACAAGAAAGUGAGCACGAAAGUGAGCGUGAAAGCGAACACAAAGGUGAUCGUGAAAUCGAACACGAAAGUGAGCGUGAAAGCGAACACGAAAGUGAGCGUGAAAGCGAACACGAAAGUGAGCGUGAAAGCGAACACGAAAGUGAGCGUGAAAGCGAACACGAAAGUGAGAUUGAAAGCGAGCACGAAAGUGAGCGUGAAAGCGAACACGAAAAAGAGAUUGAAAGCGAGCACGAAAGUGAGCGUCAAAGCGAACACGAAAGCUCCGAUGGGAGUAACCUACGACAAGACGUAGAUGAGGAAGAGCAAGAGACGAGUUUUGAAUCUAAGAAUGCGUCACACAUUAACCAAACGACUGAUGCCGGCGAAACAAACUCAGAAGGAUCAAUUGGUGAAAUCGCCGCCAAGCGACCACGACUUUCUUAGGUCGGCUCUACAAUUUCUAUUCAGAAAACGAUUUUAAUUUUUCGAAAGUCAAUGAAGUCACAUUCAUUUUUCAAUGUUUUUCCCGUUUUCGUAUUAGAUUGUUAGAUUGUCAUAGACAUAUGUAUGAGCAAAGCCUCUUAAAUGUAGAAUGACCAUAAGUUAAUGCAAAAUUUUGAAAUAAAGCAAAUUGACAAUGCGA